CAUCAACAUGUGCCGGUUGUGAUGUCCGCGCCAUUCUUGCAAGCGGCGUGUUUCCAUGUUCCAUCACAUUACUACUGACACUUAGAGUGCUUAUUAUCAUUUAAAUAGACCCCGCAUUUCUCAAGACAAGUCAGCGGAUAUAUCCAGCCAUGGAUAUGGACGGUGCCAGCUCUGUAGUGCUGCAGGCUUUAACCCAGGCCACCAGUCAAGACACAGCUGUGCUAAAGCCUGCGGAAGAGCAGCUCAAGCAGUGGGAGACACAGCCAGGCUUCUACUCAGUCCUUCUGAAUAUUUUCAACAACCACAAUCUGGAUGUGAAUGUCCGGUGGUUGGCCGUUCUCUACUUCAAAAAUGGCAUCGACAGAUACUGGAGGAGAGUCGCACCUCAUGCCUUAUCUGAGGAGGAGAAGACAUCACUGCGGGCCGGUCUCAUCACAAACUUCAAUGAGCCAGUCAAUCAGAUAGCGACCCAGAUUGCAGUUCUCAUUGCCAAGGUUGCCCGCCUGGACUGCCCCAGGCAGUGGCCAGAGCUCAUCCCCAUUCUGCUAGAAUCUGUCAAGGGUCAAGAUGGCCUGCAGCAGCACAGAGCGCUGUUGACUUUCUACCACGUCACCAAAACCCUUUCAUCCAAGAGACUGGCUCCAGACAGACGGCUUUUCCAAGAUCUGGCAUCAGGCAUUUACAGCUUUGCGUGUUCCCUGUGGAGCCACCACACGGAAUGCUUCCUCCAGCAGAUCUGCGUUAGAGAUGAGUCUGCAGCCCUCAGCUCACUGGAGAGGACACUGCUCUCCCUGAAAGUGCUUCGCAAGUUGACGGUCCAUGGUUUCCUAGAGCCGCAGCAGAAUAUGGAGGUGAUGGGGUUUCUUAAUGCAGUUUUCGAAAGACUAAAGCAGUUUCUGGAGUGCUGUCGACAAGUUAGUCUUGAAAGUCCUUGUCGGGAGAAACUUGAGAAAACCAUCAUACUCUACACUAAAACUCUGCUGGAUUUCUUGGAGCACCAUCCCUGCGCAUUUAUACCCCUCAUCCAGCGGUCUUUGGAGUUUGCUGUCAGCUACGUGUUCACACCCGCUGGAGAGGGAGUAACCUUUGAACGUUUCAUCGUCCAGUGCAUGAACCUCAUCAAGAUGAUUGUGAAGAAUGAAGCCUACAAGCCGUGCAAGAACAUUGAAGACAGUAAACCUGAGAGCCUGGAGGCUCACAAGAUCAAGACUGCAUUCUUCACACACCCCACACUGACAGAGAUUGGCCGCCGACUCGUCUCACACUAUUUCCUUCUCACAGAGGAAGAGCUGGCAAUGUGGGAAGAGGACCCAGAGAGCUUUGCUGUGGAGGAAACCGGUGGCGACUCUUGGAAAUACAGCCUGCGGCCGUGCACAGAAGUGCUGUUCCUGGACAUCUUCCACAACUACAGCCAGACUCUGACUCCCGUGCUUCUGGAAAUGGUCCAGAAUCUCCAAGGACCGACCAAUGUGGAAGAUCCCGUACAGCUGCUGAUGAAAGAUGCUGUGUACAAUGCAGUUGGACUUGCAGCCUAUGAGCUUUUUGACAACGUGGACUUUGACCAGUGGUUCAAGAAUCAGCUUCUUGGGGAGCUACAAGUCAGCCACAACAGGUACAAGCUGAUCCGAAGAAGAGUGAUCUGGCUCAUUGGACAGUGGAUCUCUGUCAAGUUUAAGUCAGAUCUUAGACCUGUUCUCUACGAGGUCAUCCUCAGUCUGAUGCAGGAUCCAGACUUGGUGGUGCGGAUUGAAACGGCGACCACUCUUAAACUGACUGUUGAUGACUUUGAGUUCCGGACCGAGCAGUUUCUUCCUUACCUCGAGUCCAUCUUCGGACUGCUGUUCCAGCUGCUGCAGCAGGUGACGGAGUGUGACACAAAAAUGCAAGUUCUCCAUGUGAUCUCCUGCGUGAUCGAGAGAGUUCACAUUCAGAUUCGGCCGUACGUUGGCUGCCUGGUUCAAUACCUACCUCUGCUGUGGAAGCAAUCAGAGGAACACAACAUGCUGCGAUGUGCCAUACUUACAACUUUAAUCCAACUGGUGCAGGGGCUCGGAGCAGAAAGCAAGAACCUGUACCCUUUCCUUCUUCCUGUCAUUCAGCUCAGCACCGAUGUGUCUCAGCCGCCACACGUUUACCUGCUGGAAGAUGGACUUGAGCUAUGGCUGGUGACGUUGGAGAAUUGCCCAGCCAUCACCCCAGAGCUGCUACGGAUUUUUCAGAACAUGUCUCCUUUGCUGGAGAUGAGCUCGGAGAACCUGAGGACAUGUUUCCAGAUCAUCAACGCUUACAUUUAUUUGUCUGCUACUGAGUUCCUGCAGAACUUUGCCGAGUCGCUCUGUAGGUCGUUCUGUGACCUGCUGAAAGACAUCACGAAUGAAGGACAAGUACAGGUGCUUAAGGUGGUAGAGAUAGCUUUAAAGGUUAGUCCCAUACUGGGAGCCCACAUGUUUCAGCCUCUGCUUCCCGCUGUCUUCAGGGGAAUCAUGAACGGUGAGCGAUACCCAGUGGUGAUGUCCACCUACCUUGGUAUCAUGGGACGUGUCCUGCUCCAGAACUCCAGCUUCUUCUCCUCCCUGCUCACACAAAUUGCCUCUGAAUGCAGCCAGGAGGCUGACCAGCUGUUGGGCAGUGUGAUUGAGAUGUGGGUAGACCGCAUGGACAACAUCACUCAGCCGGAGCGGAGGAAGCUGUCUUCAUUGGCUCUGUUGUCUCUGCUCCCAUCUGACAACAGUGUUAUCCAGGAUAAGUUCUGUGGCAUCAUUAACAUCUGCGUCGAAGCGCUACAUGAUGUAAUGACUGAAGAUUCGGAAACCGGAACCUACAAAGACUGCAUGCUGAUGAGCCAUUUUGAGGAGCCCAAGCUGAGUGAUGAUGAGGAGCCACCGACUGAGCAGGACAAGAGGAAAAAAAUGCUGGCCCUGGAAGACCCGGUCCACAGUGUGUCCCUGCAUCAGUUCGUCUACGAGAAGCUGAAAGCCCAGCAGGCCCUUCUGGGGGACCAGGGCUUCGGGGUCCUCAUGGAGACAGUGGACACGGAGCUGGUCAGGCAGCUCCAGGAGUUCAUGCAAGGCUUUUGAGGAAGCCACCUCAAUCCUUCACUUCCUCACAUUUUUGCCCAGUCUCACCUCAUUUUAAUGACAAAUAUCUGUGUGGACCCCCCCCCCUUACACCCUGCCCUCCCCCCAUGGUCAUCUUGCCUUAACCGUCACCUGACCCCCCCACCACCGAUGUGAGAACAUCGUCGCCGAGCUUCCACUUGUCCCCUGUAGUCUCUUCUAAUUCUGUGGUUUACCGUCGGUGGAGUAUUUAAAGCGGGGCGUGAAGUGGCUCGCAGCGCCAGCUGCAGGAGGCAAGGACUAUUUUCUAAUGUCACUACAAAGAGACUGUAGCAGAAGCAAUGUGGAUAAAAGGAGUUCUGAAGGACCUAAAAGGUCUGUUGAUCCUUCGUUCAUUCACCAUUCAAUCAUUCAAAUGAAGAAAAAAAAUACACUCAAAAGGUAUUAAUGGCUUUGGUUUAUUUUGCGAAGAGCUGCUUUUGUGUAUUUUGUCACAGAUGGUUUUCUUACGGUGCAUCAACACCAUCACUUGGUAACAUGAUGUCCAUUUGAGUAUACAGUAUUUCUUUAGUUUUUGCUCCAGCAGUGGACAGAAAUGGAGGAAAAGAAAGGUCAUUUAUGGAUGAAUUAUCAUAAAAGAUAAAUAACCUGGCUGAUAAUCUGUGCUCCCAUGUGGGAAUCAGUGCCAAAAUUGAAAAAAAUAAAAAAUAAAUUUGAACAUGCACUGAUCACUGCGGCCCGUGAGCGCAGCACUCAUCAUGCAAAUUUGGUGACAAAUGUGCCAUUUCGUUCUCAUAUAUUUUUUGUUGUGGGUGGAUUUUAAAGAAACAUUGGAAUAUUAAAUGAACGAUCAACAGACCUCGAACCAUCAGUGUUUACAAAAAUCUAUUCUUAAAAGAGACAAAAAGAAAUGUAAUUUUUGUAUGUAAAUAACAUGGAUGAUAUUCCUGCAUGGAAAUAUUUGACUUUAGUUUUGUUCGUUUUUCAACAUCAUAAGUUAACUACUGCAUUUUGUUCUGUGAAGAACUUUGUGUAUAUUUUUUCUUUCUUUUUUUUUUUUAAGAUGAUGGUGUUCUGAACUGCAUUUAUAUGUUUUAUCAUAUUGCUGCUAAUAAUUGAUGGCAUUUCAGAGCACUUUAAUAACCAAAAAUAAUAGAAAGAUAGAGAUAGUAGAUUUUCUUUUCUUUUCUGACGUCGGGUCUUUGGAGCGUGUUCAUGUCUUAGUCAGGUCUUCAUUUGGUCACAAUUAGUUGAUUCUACCAACCUCCUUUUUUUUUUUUUUUUAACAAGUUGUACUCGCAGAGAGGAACUGUGGACUGAUGUUGGACAGGAGGAUUAUUUUCGGUACAGUAUGUGUCAAGUCAUGAUGGUUGAAAGUGUCGAGACGGUUUAUGAGAUCCUCAAGUCUUAAAAAAAGAAAAAAAGCAAAGAAAAAAAUGUCAUACUGGUCCAGAGAAACUGAUGCUCCUUCUGACUGUUUUAUGUUCUCCAUCUUACCUUUGUGGCUUUUUUGAGAUAGUGUGGAAGGAAUUUUAGUCAGAAUUACAGCCUUAUGCUUUCAGCUUUGCCUUGCCCAUUUUACCCUCAUUUUCUUGAUCGUGGAUCAUUUCUACACUCGUGUUGAUAAGACAAGAUGUUUCCGUUGGUCAUUUAGAUUUUCUGUUGACAUGGAGGAAUUUAUUUUGCUUUUCCCCCCCAAAGCCUUCAAUAAAAUGCAGUAUUAAGGCCAAAUGUUCUUGUGCUGUUUGUUUACAGUUUGUUGACGUAGGAUUAACUCAAGGCCUGUGGUUCACAUGCUGCCAUAAUUUCAUCCCAGCUGCCCAGU